AUGUUUGCAUAUUAUUAUUAUUACAGACAUUAAAGUGAUAAUUGCGUCAAACAAUUGAUUGAUUGAUACCAUCGAUGGCAACAUUUAACUCAAGUCAUCACCAGUCAGGAGGUGUUGUCCUCUUUGCCGGUGAACUCAUACUUCUGUACGUCGAUAAAGUGGACAUUCAGUUUGAUAACAAGUCAUUGAAUUCCGUCGGUCGACUCUAUCUAACGACUCAUCGGAUUGUUUUCACGAGUGGUUCUAAUAAUCAAAAUAUGCGGUCAUUUUCGGCUCCAUUUUACGCCAUAUAUGACCUGUCACUCGAACAGCCGGUAUUUGGCGCUAAUUAUAUUAAAGGAAAGGUCAGACCCGAGUCACAGAUCGAUGGCCAGAAUGGUGUGACGUUUAAGCUUCACUUCAAACACGGCGGUGCCAUUGAGUUCGGUCAGGCUAUGGAUUCAGCGGCCAAACAGGCCUCGAGUGUGGCCCAAAACAUGCACUUCCAGCCGCCGCCGCCAUACACGACCACUGCUGGACAAUACUAUGAGGCACCGCCGUCUGUCUAUCAACCGGCCUAUAACUGUGGCUUUGCUUUACCGACUCAAGUAUUUUCGACACCACCUCCGGCUGGUUUUAUAUACACAAUGGAAGCGCCGCCACCCUAUCCUGGACUCAAUACAGCCCCACAACAGUGCCCGGCAUAUAAUCAAAUGGCGUUUCCCGCUUAUGGACAGACACUGGCCGGUGAUCCGUAUCAAGUGUACCAAAAUGGCAAUGCAUCGGCUUCGGCGCCACCAUUGGCUCCACAACCGGCCGGUUUUGCGUUUGGCAAUGAAAGGCCACCAACUUAUGAUGAGGCCAUUAAAAAACAUCAAUAAUUGACUACUAAUUGCAGUUUUUUAUUUUAUUUUAACUUUUUGAGUUUCAAAACUCGGCACUGAUUUUUAAAAAUUAUUAUUACCGAUAAUUUGAUAUUUUUAUAUAUUAUAAUAUAUGAAUAUUUUGAUUAUCUCAUAUUAAAGUGUUUAGUGUAUUAAUUGUAUUCAAUUAACAGUCUAUUUGCCGGCAAUUAUUUGAAUA